GUGCCGGUGAAGGCGGCGGUGGCGGUGCCGCCGGCUCCCGCCGCCCCCCUGGCCCCGGCCCCGCGCCCCUAUGGCCGGGCAGGAGUGGGACUGGUUCCAGCGCGAGGAGCUCAUCGGGCACAUCAGCGACAUCCGAGUGCAGAACCUCCAAGUUGAACGCGAAAAUGUCCAGAAGAGGACCUUUACCAGAUGGAUAAACCUGCACUUGGGAAAGUGCAAGCCUCCUUUGAAAGUGAAAGACUUGUUUAUUGAUAUACAAGAUGGCAAAAUCUUGAUGGCACUCCUGGAAGUCCUGUCAGGACAAAAGCUGAUGCACGAAUACAAAUCUUCAACCCAUCGCAUUUUUCGUUUGAACAACAUAGCCAAAGCACUUAAGUUCUUGGAGGACAGUAACGUAAAGCUUGUUAGCAUCGAUGCAGCAGAAAUAGCAGAUGGAAAUUCCUCUCUGGUACUUGGACUAAUAUGGAAUAUAAUCUUGUUUUUUCAGAUUAAGGAGCUUACAGGCAACCUCAACAGGAACUCUUCCUCCUCCAGCCUGUCCUCUGGGCCCAGUGGUCCAGAAUCAGACACAUCCCCCAGCACUCCCAGCGUGGAGAGAAACAUGUCCAUUACAGUGAAGGACCAGCGGAGAGCCAUCAGGGCCCUUCUAAUCUGGGUGCAGAGGAAAACCAGAAAGUAUGGCGUUGCAGUCCAGGACUUCACGAGUAGUUGGAGGAGUGGCCUUGCUUUCUUAGCUGUCAUAAAAGCCAUAGAUUGUACUUUGGUAGACAUGAAGCAUGCACUGGAGAAAUCAGCACGAGAAAACCUGGAGGAUGCUUUCAGCAUAGCACAGAAUAAACUGGGUGUCCCUCGGCUCCUCGAACCUGAAGAUAUCAUGGUGGAGUCCCCCGAUGAACAGUCAAUUGUGACAUAUGUGGCACAAUUCCUGGAGCACUUCCCGGAGCUGGAAGGGGAAGACUUUACAGAUCCUGACAGGGAGCUUCCAAUUGAGUCCACAUAUGUCCACAUCAAAGACACACCGUCAGAGAAGGAAGGCAAAAUCUUGAUUUUAGGUGAAAAUGAAGAAAACAUGUAUACUGUUAAUCAUGAGAGGAGUCAUCCGGCUCCUCCAAAGGUCCAUAUUCAUGAUAUCCCUGAGAGAAUCCCAUCAGAAACCAUUUCUGAAAAUUGUAAUGGGAAACUGAGUCAAGUGUUAGGCGAUUUACAGGAAGCAUCUGGAGAGGAGCCUCAAAGGCCUACCUCACUGAAAAUUGCAGGACCUGUCAGUUUUGAAUCCAAUUCCUCUUGGGAGGUUCCAAAUGAUAAAUUCACAUCAGGUGAAGAGAGCAUCUCUGAUGAUCCACUGAAACAAAAUGAUGAGCUUUCUCCAGCUGUUCUGACAGAUCAGAAAAAUUCUGUUGACUCUUUUGAAGAAUACUCUGAAGAAUUAACUAAGGAAACCCCUACUGAAUAUGACCAUGAAACCAAGAGCCUUUCAGCCAAUACUUCUUCUUUGAGUCCAUUAUCCUGGACUUCUGGUAUACUUACAGAUGAUUCUAUUAAUAAAGUUGAAGACAGCAAACCCCAGUCUUCAAUUAUUUUACCAGAAGAUUCAUCAAAACAAGAAGAUACACAGAAGUACAUUCUCCACCUUCUAAAUAAGGAACUAGAGACACUUCCACAAGAUGAACAUCCAAAGGAAUCACCUGGCCUUGAGACAAUAGAAACAAACACUUGUUCACUGAAUGAUUCUAAUCUCAAAAGCCAAGAACUAUCUACACAGCAGGAAACAUCUGAUGACUCUCUCUCAGAUAUACCUAAAACUCCAGAGGACCUGGACAGCUGUGACGAAGUUGAAGUGGUAUCCAGUUCUUCAAAAGUAUCUGUGAUACCCCAUGAUCUCUUUUAUUAUCCACAUUAUAAUGUUCCCAUAUCAGCAGUUCUGAACGCUUACCUCGAGCCUUGUAUGGAAGGUUAUGAUACAGGAAAUGAAAAAGCUUCUUCUGAAACAGUGACAGAUGUUUUACAUGACGAGAACUUACCAGAACAGGACCACAAGGAAGAUGCUCCAGAGCUAGACUUGGAGAAUAAGCUACGUACCCCUCCAUCAGAAACAGACACUGAGAACAGCGAGGAGGAAACUACAAAAACAAGCAGUCAUGCGAAUUCUUCGGAUGAAAAAGAAGUGCCAUUACUGGUAGAUGAGUUAGAAAUAGAAGAAGAUGCCAAUAAGGCCACCGACCAUGAAGAUUCCACUAUUCCACAACAUCCUGAGGCCAUAGUAGAACAUCUAAAAGAUUUACCAAUAGCCAUAAAGACACCAGAAGAAAAUAGUAAUACAGACGAGGAAGAGAAAAAUAUGAUUGAAGAAGAUUUGCAGAUCUCAGAUGUUGCCACUACUACUCUAUCACAAGAUGACCAGGAAGAAAAUGCUGAAUUCCAAGAAUUUACCAGAAGCAGUGAUAGUGAUGCCAACUUUCAUCUCCGAAAAAGGUUUUCUCGUAAUGCUUCUGAGGAGGAAACCUAUGGUGUAAAUGAGCAGAAGAUGACAGAUAUGGAUGAAAAUCCAUUAAUCAUUGGGGAGAAAAAGGACUUGGAAGCAAGCGAGACUUCAACACCAACUCAUGAGAUAACAAUUUUUGAGCAGCCAGAGAUAUUCUACUUUGUAAUUUUCUUUUGGGUGCUGGUCUACUGCCUUUUACUCCUUCCACAGCUGCUUAGCAACAAAGUUUGAUCUGUGUGAGGUGUGGAAAAUAAAGGGAUGGUGGCUGGAUUGCUUUGUGUAUCGGCAUAUGAAUAUGUUCCUUCAGGUGAAGCACAAACAGAAAUCCAGAACCUGGUAUUUGUGUUUAUUAUCAGGUUGUUCUCAAUUCCGCUGUUGUGCUAUGACAGUGUCAAAGCACGUUUUAUAUUAUGGUAAUUGUGUAAAUAUAUAUAAAAAUGAUCUGAUUUAGUAGAUGCGAUUUUGUACAUUUGUGCCUUGCUUUAUAAGAUGCUAAAUAAAACCAGAUAAUUAUCAGUAGAAGUAUGAACAAUUCAGAGCUCUAGUCUUCAAAAAUUAUUCUUCUGGCUUCACUUUCUUAUGUAGGGCCUGACAGCUAUGGAAGAGGGAUGGUGUUGACUUACCUUGGGGUCUGACCACCUGCAAGGGCAAGGCUAGAAAUGCUUCUUCACAUUUUCCAUUUCAAAGAGUGGGGGGCAGAGCAGAGCUAUAGGCAGUGAAACACACAUCAGGAACUGAUUACAGUUCCAGCAGCAAAUCCAGUGGAGCAACAAAAUCAGGUUAAGGGUUU